AUGUCAAGACUUAUAGUCAAAGGACUUCCCAAAUAUUUGGUGGAAGACCGCUUGAAAGAACACUUCUCUAAGCGCUUGGCCCAAAUUCACCAAAAUGAAGACAUCUCUGAAGCUAUAACCGAUGUUAAAAUCUUGAAAAACAGAGCUGGCGAAUCUAGAAGGUUUGCGUUUGUUGGUUUCCGCAACGAAAGUGAUGCAUUUGACGCUGCAAGCUAUUUCGAUCAAUCCUUCAUUGACACUUGCAAAGUUGAGGUUACCGUGGCAAAGAGUUUUGCUGACCCCAAUGUGCCUCAGCCGAUGCGCGAGAAAAGACGUGAAGCUUUGAAAAGGCUGCGUGAGCGUGAAGACAAGUUGCUCGAGGAAGAGAACGCCAAGAAGCCCAAACAACAACCCCGCAACACGCCCAGAGCCGAUCUUGAUGCCGAGAUCAAAAGCAACAAGCAACUUCAAGAGUUUAUCGAUACUAUGAAACCAAGCUCGAAGGUAGCGUCCUGGGAUAACUUGGGCGGUGCCGUAGCAUCUACCAGUGACUCACAGAUCCCUGACUCACGGCCCGAGGCUCCACAAGGAAACUCUCUGCUGGCGCAGGCGUUGGCCAUGAAGUCCGAAGAUACUAGUGGCAGAAAUGACAACGGUGAGAGAAGAAAUGCCGAUCAGUUCAAGUUGCGUGAAAACGAGAGUGACGACGAAUACACCAAUCUAGAGGGUAAUCAAGAUACAGGUGAAGUAGCAGAAGAAGAACCAACUGUCAAGCUAGAUGACUUCAAGGGCGGAAAUGACUCCGCGUUUGCUCAGGACGAACAGAUUUCUGAUCUUGACUGGCUGAAGCAGCGUCGUAUUAGAAUUAAAGACCGUCCUGAAGGCGCAGCUCUCGACGAAUUGGCAGCACCAACUCAUGAUAUUCCAGAACAGGAGACCGAAGAGGCUUUAGAUGUAGUCAUUGAGCCUGAACAGCAAGAAGUUGACACAACGGAAGAGGAGAAGGUGAUAGAAAAGAUCAAAUCUACUGGCCGCUUGUUUCUGCGAAACAUCCUAUACACCGCCACCGAAGUCGAUUUUAGAAACCUUUUCUCGCCAUUUGGUGAGCUAGAUGAAGUUCAUGUUGCUCUAGAUACGAGAACCGGUAAGUCUAAAGGUUUUGCGUACGUUAUGUUCAAGAACCCCGAUAGUGCGGUUAACGCGUACGUCGAACUGGACAAGCAAAUCCAUCAAGGAAGACUGCUCCAUAUUCUACCUGCUGAUGGAAAGAAAUCCCAUCGGAUGGACGAGUUUGACUUGAAAAAUCUACCGCUUAAGAAACAAAGGGCUUUGAAGCGAAAGGCCAAUGCUUCUCAAUCUGCUUUCUCCUGGAACUCUUUGUACAUGAGUCAAGAUGCUGUGCUUGGCAGUGUUGCAUCUAAACUAGGCCUGCAAAAAUCCGAUUUGAUAGAUGCCACUGAUGCAGGUGCCGCUGUCAAGCAAGCGUUAGCUGAGGCUCAUGUCAUAGGCGAUGUCAGAAAGUACUUUGAGUCAAAAGGUAUGGACUUGGGCAAAUUCGAACAGUUGAAAUCCGCCAGUGACCGCGAUGACACUGUCAUCUUAGUGAAGAAUUUUGCAUUCGGAACUACUUUAGCAGAAUUGGCCGACUUAUUUACGCCUUUUGGUAAGCUUCAAAGGCUUCUAAUGCCACCUGCUCAAACAAUAGCUGUUAUUCAAUUCCGUGAUGUGACAGCUGCGAGGGCUGCAUUCAGCAAACUAUCCUAUAAAAGGUUCAAGGAUGGUAUUUUGUAUCUGGAAAAAGGUCCCAAGAAUUGCUUUAAUAGAGAGCCAAAAGGAGAUGAACUGGUGGAUGAUUCUCAAGCUAGUGAAAACAUUGACGCAAAGGAAGCAAAGGCAACAGGCGAGGACGUCAUGCAUAUUGGCGCUUCUAGUGAAGUCAAUGAAGAAGCCACGGAUGACGUGCUAGAUGGACCAACUGUCUCCAUUUUUGUCAAGAACUUGAAUUUCUCUACGACUAGCCAGCAGUUGAGUGACAAAUUCAGACCCUUCAGUGGGUUUGCUGUCGCUCAAGUAAAGACGAAGCCAGAUCCUAAAAAUAGCGGAAAAACGCUUUCAAUGGGAUUUGGUUUUGCCGAGUUCAAAACAAAGGAACAAGCCGUGGCAGUAAUUAACGCACUAGAUGGUUCAGUUUUGGAUGGCCACAGAGUCCAGUUAAAACUGUCACACAGACAAGGUACUGCGACGUCAGCUUCUGACAAAUCGAAAAAGAAAGCCAGCGGUAAAAUCAUCGUCAAGAAUUUGCCAUUCGAAGCCGAACGUAAACAGAUUUUCGAAUUAUUCAGUUCUUUUGGACAGCUUAAGUCUGUUCGAGUACCUAAAAAAUUCGACAAAUCUGCCAGAGGUUUCGCAUUUGUUGAAUUUCUGUUGCCCAAAGAAGCCGAACACGCAAUGGAACAGUUACAAGGAGUCCAUUUGUUGGGUCGUAGAUUAGUGAUGCAGCAUGCCGAACAAGAGCCCCAAGAUGCCGAGGAGCAAAUAGCAAGAAUGACAAGAAAGGUCAAGUCUCAAGUAACGACCCAAGAGCAUGCCGCCAUGAGAAACGGAGGUCGCAGGAAAAUAGAUUUGGAAGAUGAAGAUGAUGAAAACAACGGUUUGAAUGGUAUUUAG